AUGUCUAGAAGUAUUCAGACCCAGCAUCCAGAAAAUGUCCAGAAUAUUGCAAUUUUCUGUUCACUUCAUCUUCCAGUUUUAUUUCAAGAACUCUCAUUAUACAAACAAAAUACCACUUAUAACCAAUUCUAUCAUCAUGGUAAACACAAAAAAGAAAAAUUGUCACAUGCCAAACUGGAAGAACUUGUCCAAUCAUUAUCAAUUUCAGUAAUACAACCUUGGGCUUGCAGUAAAGUUUGGGAAUUAAUUAUUCAGGAGCAAAUGAGCGGAUGCAAGAAAUUCAUCACAGCUCGAGAUCCAACUGUUGAUCUCAAGGUCUAUACAAUUAAUAGUACCAUGCAUAUGGAAAGAUAUGGUGAAUUAUCAGAAUUUUUAAGAAGUAAAGAAGAUUAUGAAUAUGUUAAUUUACAUACAUAUAUUAAAGAAUUGCAAUUUUAUUCUUUCAUUAAACAAGUUACUCCAGCAGUUUUACGUACUCUUUAUUAUGAUCUUACCGGUGAUGCAGCAGUUACAAAUGAUGUAAUUAGUAAAGAUAUUGAAAACCAUUUGCGUAUUAUGCUAGCCUUAGAGGACCCGUCUAUUAUAGUUGAUCUUCACAUUAAUAAUAGAUUUAAAGGAUCUACAUUCAAUGCAUUUUGGGAUGAAAUGGCUGGUUUUUUCAAUGAGAUAAGAUAA